GUGUUGGUACUGGAUGUUUCCUGGAAUUUAUAUUCUGUUUUCCCUUUCAGUAAGCUCUGAAAAGCGAACUAUGAAAACUGAUGAUGGGCGGGAUGUUAAAGACAGUACUUUAUUGUCAGAAAGGAUGGUGUCUGUUAUUGAAGCCCCAGACUAUUUGGCUAGUUUCCAUAUUGACACGAGUGGCGAAGCAGAAGGGUCCAAUAUGCCCCAUUACAUAGUCAAUUUAAAUAUAUACAACACAACCACUGAUAUAGACGCUCCAUCCACACUACCGAUUCAUGGUCAAGUUCCUGGUAUCGGUGAGUCAUCUGCUUCACUUCAGCCUCCUGUCAUGAAUUCACCCGUCAUUAUGAACGACAACGUUGGUUUGAUGUGUGGUGUCAAUUCUACAGGGCGAGGACAGAAGUUUUUCACACCAACUAUGCGUUCGAAAACACGUGGUCGUGGACGAUUUUCUUCUGUUCCAUUGGAUGAUGUGUAAGCACCUGUUUAUUUUUAGAAUAAAAAAUUAUCUGCUUGGAGGGGAAUAUGUUGCCAACGUACCAGCCAAAAUUAAGAAUCUUUCAUAUCUACCAUCAGUUUGUCUCUGCAAAUAUGGUGGAAGAUAGCUACUCAUGUAUCUGUAGAAAACAAAAUUUAUUGUACUUACUAUAAUCCUAUUAGCUGUUUGCUCAGUACUGAAUCCUG